UAGCUCAAGGUCACGAGUGCUCACACACGGCGGCUUAAAGUAGAAGGGGCGGCUCACUGCACCAGCGCCGAGGGCCCAGGGGACGACCACCAACUUGUCACAGAGGCCGGGGACCAAGCUUCUAAACCGCGGCCGACGGAGCUACGGGGUCCCGGAAGGUUCGGGCGCUUUUCCGGAAGACUUCUCCAGCAGCCAAUCAACGUUGAGACCUUCCCCCUUCACCGGAAGGAGGUAUCUCCCGGAGCAACCAACCAGACGGCUGUCUUGAGUUCGGUGGCGGGAAAGGCCAUGAGUAAAAGCCGAGCCGAGGCCGCGGCCGGAGCCCCCGGGAUCAUCCUGAGGUACCUGCAGGAGCAAAACCGGCCCUACAGCGCCCAGGACGUGUUCGGAAACCUGCAGAAGGAACAUGGACUGGGCAAGGCGGCGGUGGUGAAGGCUCUGGAUCAGCUGGCCCAGCAAGGCAAGAUCAAGGAGAAGACGUACGGCAAGCAGAAAAUUUAUUUUGCAGACCAGGACCAGUUUGACAUAGUGAGUGAUGCUGACCUCCACAGCCUGGAUGCCAACAUUGUGGCCCUCACUGCCAAGGUGCAGAGCUUACAGCAAAGCUGCCGCCACAUGGAGGCUGAGCUGAAGGAAUUAACAAGUGCGCUGACCACUCCUGAGAUGCAGAAAGAGAUCCAGGAGUUAAAGAAGGAAUGUGCUCACUACAUAGAGAGACUGAAGAACAUCAAAGCAGCCACCAACCAUGUCACUCCAGAAGAGAGAGAGCAGGUGUACAAAGAAAAGCAGAAGUAUUGUAAAGAGUGGAGGAAGCGCAAGAGAAUGACCACAGACCUGUGUGAUGCAAUCCUUGAAGGAUACCCCAAGAGCAAGAAACAGUUCUUUGAAGAAGUUGGCAUAGAGACAGAUGAAGAUCACAAUGUUAGGCUCCCAGACCCCUGAGGGGUCCUUGGAGACAGGGAGCAGAAGUCCUGGGCUGGCUACCUUGUUUAGGUGGCCUUCUUGUUCUCCACCUUUGAGGGUGGGGAGAGAAGUACACAGAUGCUAAUCAGAUGGUCACGUUCAUUUGUUUUCCAUAUUACAGAGGCCUCAACAAGUACUUAUAACAAUCCUAAAGGAAAGUAUAUGGAAUAUUUAUUGUAAUAUAAUUUGAUAUAAAAAUA